AUGAACACUCGCCACGGGCGGUCUGAGAUUCUUUCAAAAAGCCCUGGUCACGACACAACCAGCAACAGUCAUUAUGAGACUGCUCUUACGCUGAUAGAAAAUAACCCAGCGAUAGCAUACAGUUUUAUUGCAUUUAUUUCCAUCUUUUUCCUGCUCGAUUACUUUGGUUUCACUCCAAUAUCGCUACUCCAGCUCUCCUGGGACCUCCUCGUCUACUUCACACCAUCUCGAAUCGUUGUCGCAUUGGAUUCUCGCGACUCAAAUCCUGAAUCUAUUGCCCAAAAUCUUCCUUUUCGAGAAAAAAGUAACGCAAUGAAACGAAUCCUCGGCCUUCCUACCAUCGACUCUUUCCCUUACUUCCCCCGACCUCGAUCACUCUCGGCCCUUGGAAGCGCUUUGCUAGGAACUACAAAGGAUACAGCCCCACCGGGGCUUGGGAACUGGAAUAAUUCAUGUUUUCAAAACAGCGUAAUACAAGGACUCGCUUCCUUGAAGUCACUCAGAGAAUUCCUGGGACGCAACAUGGACCUUUCGGAGUCAACUUCGCUCUCGACGCACCAGGCGCUAAUGGACCUCAUCAAUAGUUUGAAUAGCUCUUCGAACCACGGAAACAAAUUGUGGAUUGCAGGACCUUUGAAGUCAAUGAGCAGUUGGCAACAACAAGAUGCGCAGGAAUAUUUUUCCAAGGUUGUCGAUCAAAUCGAUCAUGAGGCAGAGGUGGCUUCACGUGGAGAGAUAUCCAACUUGGGAUUGAAAAUGGCAGGGCCCGAGGAAAACAUAGUACAUGAAAACUCUUUUGAUGAAUCAGUUUCCGAGAAAAAUGACUCUGCAUUAUCAAACCGCAAUAUCCCACCUCACAAUCCUCUCGAGGGCCUACUCGCUCAAAGGGUCGGCUGUAUGGAAUGCGGAUAUUCUGAAGGGCUCUCGCUGAUUCCUUUCAACUGUCUCACCGUUCCCCUUGGCGAUCAGUACGAAUAUGACAUCCGCGACUGUUUGGAUCAAUACAUGGCGCUUGAACCCAUCGAAGGUGUGGAGUGCUCAAAGUGCAGUUUAUUGCACAGAGAAGAGCAGCUUACCAACCUGAUUGAUGGGCUUGAUGAGGACUAUGGAAACAAGUCGGACAGCUCCGAGACACCCCGACCCUUCAAUGCUGUAAAGAUGUCCGCUGCCUCACGACUAGAAGAGGUCAAGACAGCUUUGGAACACAACGACUUCAGCGAGAGCACGUUGACAAAGAAGUGUCACAUUCCCUCCAAGAACCGAGUCUCAACCACAAAGUCUCGACAAGCAGUCAUCGCCAGGGCGCCUAAGUGCCUUACCAUUCAUAUCAACCGCAGUGUUUUCGAUGAGAUGACUGGGAUGCUGAAAAAGAACCACGCAGCUGUCGUGUUCCCUCAAACGAUAGAUUUGAACUCUUGGUGUCUUGGAACUCAGGUCGUCAGCAAGUCUGGCGACAAUCCCGAACAGUGGGAGACAAAUCCCUCCAAAUCUAUGCUUCCGCAACCUGGUGAAUCAGUCGAAGUACCCAGCAGACUAUACCAACUCCGAGCGAUUAUCACCCAUUACGGCCGACAUGAAAAUGGGCACUACAUCUGCUAUCGGAAGUACCCAACAUCGGAAUUUUCAGCCCCUGCUUCAGACGAAAUCCUCCAAGCGGAAGGCGACAAAGACAAACCCGAGCGCUGGUGGCGGCUGAGCGACGAUGACGUAGAAAUGGUCAGCGAAGGCCAUGUGAUGUCUCAAGGGGGUGCAUUCAUGUUAUUCUACGAAGCCGUCGAUGAUUUGGCCUCACUUUCUUCCUGCCGAUCUGCAGCCUCCGAGUAUGCGCACCCAUAUCCGUAUGAAGAAGCUGUUCAUUUCGGAGGCGAAGACACGGUCCCCACGCCAGAUGAUAUCUCUGCGCCAUCCACUGUCACCGACUGUGGCUCCUCCACUUCCCGUGCAACAAGUGUUUCGAUGCCUUCGGAGGAACCCCAGUCUACGAAAUCAUCCGCAGUUCUCGACCUUGAUACCACCCCAAAUGGCGAAAUUGAAUCGACUUCCACGAUUGUUGCAUGA